UACUCCUGAGAUUCACAACUUUUCGACUUAUUGUUUCGUUACAUCCCGAAUAUUUUGACGCACUUUCACAAACAUUAUGUCGUUGAACAGCGAUAAACCAUCUACAUCGUCUGCUAUUACUACUCCUCCUUCGAAGAAGAAGAAACUGAACAUAAAUCAGACAGUUUUAGUUUCGGGAGAAAGUUCAACAAUUGAACAAUUGUACGUUAAGAGAGAGGACGGAACGUUUGAAGCACUAGAACGAUGUUCCCCUAUUCAGGAAGAAGUUGCGUCAACUAGAUUCCAAUGGGAAACCAACGCAGAAGUUGGCGAGGAUGAAAAGUGGACGCCACCUACACCAAGAUCUCAAGUGGCAUUGGUUUUUGACGCUUUGAAAACGUACCUGAAAUGGGCCGGAGCAGACAAAAAUAUGAAAAGCUCGCCAGAAAUGAAAAAGUUGUUGCGAUCUGGGAAAACGUUGGAAGUCAAUCGACCGAAACUAAAAUGAACGUCACUUUUAAAGAUGGAAGGAUCAGUUACGAGAACGUAAUAAUCUGCAAGGACGAGUA